AUGGGUCUCUUCAGCCAUAAGUCACGCCAGGAACCUGGACACACCAGCACUACUACAGCCGGAGCCUCCUCAUCCCGCGCGGGUCUCUUUGGGAAACGAAGAGACCAUGUCAACGAGUCGUAUAGUAUGGCUACGAAACCGCGCUUUGGCCAAUGGCUGAAAUAUACCUGGCUUGAUAUACUCACCAUGGUUAUCAUGGGUGUCAUCGGCCUCGGUGUCUACGAAGCUCAUCCCGCCCCGACUCGAUCCUUCCCUGUUACCUUCUCAGAUGGAGAGAUUGUGUUCCCUGAAUUCGGAUAUCCCCUGCGCAAGGAGAUUGUACCCAUUUGGGCUGCUGCGCUAUUGGCCGCCUUGGUCCCGAUCGUGGUCUUUCUGUUUAUGCAAAUUCGCAUACGAUCAUUCUGGGACGUUAAUAAUGCUGUCAUUGGACUCCUCUACUCCCUCAUAACUGCAGCUGUAUUUCAGGUCUUCCUCAAGUGGCUCAUUGGUGGACUUCGGCCGCACUUCCUGGCCGUUUGCAAGCCCGACCUCAGCCUCGCAAGCAAUAAUCCUGGGGAUGUUGGUGCUGGAUACAAUGGUGUCGGUUACACCAACGUUUACUACACCAGAGAAAUAUGCACCGGCGACAUCAACGAGAUCGAUGAUUCUCUCGAGUCAUUUCCGUCUGGGCAUACCACUGCCGCAUUCGCAGGCUUCGUCUACCUGUACCUAUACCUAAAUGCAAAGCUCAAGGUCUUUGCCAACUAUCACCCAGCUAUGUGGAAGUUGAUCGCCGUCUAUGCCCCAAUCCUGGGUGCAACCCUGAUUGGAGGUGCCCUUACCAUAGAUGAGUAUCAUAACUGGUACGAUGUUGUUGCAGGAGCUAUCAUCGGCACCGUCAUGGCCUUUUCGUCCUACCGCAUGACGUAUGCUGCCAUCUGGGACUGGCGUAUUAAUCACAUUCCUCUCAGCCGCGGAACUCCGUUUGCCUAUGGCGGUGGUGCUGAGUUAAGCGAUGCACUUUGGACACGAAAGGUUGGCUGGGGUAGCGGCAGCGGUUUCCAGCACGGAGAGAAGAACGCGCACACUGGCCAUGGCGCCUACAGUAACGGCGUUGGCCAUCGCAAGCCUGUCGGCAAUGGUACGGGACCUGCCAGAGCUGACGAGAUGGUUUAG